CAUUUCCGGUCUUUUGGAGGCUGACGUUGUUUUCCGGUUAUCUGUGGCCUAGGGAGGCGUUUGGGGUAUUCACGAUGAGGCUGCUGGCGGUUGCGGUGUUGGCUCUGUUAGCUGUCAGUCAAGCAGAAGAAGGAGCCAGGCUUUUGGCCUCCAAAUCAUUGCUCAAUAGAUACGCUGUGGAAGGGAGGGACCUGACCCUGCAAUAUAACAUCUACAAUGUUGGCUCCAGUGCUGCACUAGAUGUGGAAUUAUCUGACGAUUCCUUCCCUCCAGAGGACUUCGGCAUUGUCUCUGGUAUGCUCAACGUCAAAUGGGACCGCAUUGCCCCUGCUAGCAAUGUCUCCCACACAGUGGUCCUGCGUCCUCUCAAAGCUGGCUACUUCAACUUCACUUCUGCCACGAUUACUUACCUGGCUCAGGAAGAUGGGCCUGUUGUGAUUGGCUCCACCAGCGCCCCUGGACAGGGAGGAAUCCUGGCUCAGCGGGAGUUUGACAGGAGAUUCUCCCCCCAUUUUCUGGACUGGGCAGCCUUUGGGGUCAUGACCUUGCCCUCCAUAGGCAUCCCUCUGCUCCUGUGGUAUUCCAGCAAGAGGAAAUAUGACACUCCCAAACCCAAGAAGAACUGAAUGCAGUUUCCUCGGCCCUUCUCUCCAAGAAACCAGCUGUUUUCUAGACUCCAGAGGGUGUCAAAUGUGUUUCUUGGCCCUUGGCCCGAGCCUAUUUAGUCCUGAAUCUUACCCGGAACUCAAGGCAGGCCUGGAGGUCUGAGAAGGCCUCCCUGCUGUCACUGAAGCCAUACAGACAGGACCACCUUUAGCCACAGCUUCGGGGCUUGAGGGUCCCACCAGGGUGCUGUUGGUAUAUUAUUAGCAACGUGAACUCUUGGGGUCCAGGAGGGGCCUUUGGACACUGUCUGACACCCCCAUCCCCUGGCAGCUCCUCUCAAGAGGGUAGAAGAUUAUGGGGGCUACACAGGCUCUGCCUGGAUUAGGGGUACUUACCAAAUGGAUUUUCUAAUAAAAACAAAUGCCAUACC